AUGCCAGUGCACAGGAUCUGUGGGCACCCCAACAGGGAUGAAGCCCAGGUGAGCAGCGUGCAGGUGGGUGGGAACGGCCGAGACUCCAUCCCCCUCCGAGCCUCGCCUCGAGACAUCGACAUCUCCCUGGCCAAUAGGAGGAAGGAGUUUAUAAAUGCCUUGCGCUCGCAUCGCACGUUCUACGGUGGUCUGGCGGACCAGCUCUGCAUGAACGAGCUCAGCUCAGGAGACGGCCUGGCCUGCUGGAAUGGAGCCGAUGUGGUCAAAAGCUAUACUCUGCGUGUGGUGGGCAAUGGGAUUAAGGCUCAGACGGUAAAUCCAGAAGUCAAAGUCAAAGGAUCGGACCCGGUCAUAAAUCAGAUCAUCGACAAACUGAAGCACAUCAAUCAGCUGUUACAAGGGAAGUCGAUCCCAAAGUUUGGGACUCUAGAUGAGAUUGAGACGGGCAGUGGUGACCGUGAGGGACAUUACAGCGGCGACUGUGACGACGAGGACGGCUGCUGGGGGUCAGGAAAUGGAGACGUGAAGAGGACAAUCCUGAGAAUCUCCAAACUGACGCCAGAGAAGACCAACAGUCACCGGCACCACCACACAAAUACGGUGGACGUUGAAAAUGGCGCUUCAGACGGCUCGAGAGCCGGAACUCAGGGGGUUUGUCUGGCCCUGAUUUGGACUUGUGCGCUGACACUGUUGUCAUGGUAAUGACACUCCAAGAGACUGCAACCCCGCCCCACAAUCCAACCCACCCAAACGUACAUACACACACACACACACACAUUCACACAAAUACAAAUCUGCUCGCUCACUCCUCCUCUCUCCAAAAGACUGAUCUUUUCUUUCCCUCUCCUUGGGAAAAUAAAUAUAUAAAUAAAUAAAAGGCGAGAGAAAGCGACACUUUGAUGGGCAGGCCGGAGGAAAAAAGGGGAAGCGUUCGUCAGCGGAGACUCCUCAAAGCUGCAAGUCUGUUUGAACACACUGAUGGUGUGGUGUUGAGAGGUUAUUAAAGACCAGCACAGAACGAGAAACAAUCCGGGUGGAUCGGAGUCCACAGAUCCAUGUUGCAAGGAUGUGUACAGAAGCAAGAAUCAAGAAUGAAGUCCUACAGGAAACACAGGCCCACUUUAUGAGUGCCAUCUGUACUGACAGACCAAUACCAAGAGGUCCUGGGUGAAAAACUGACAGUUUAAGUCACUGCCAGGAGCUAAACCAACGCUGUCUCUUUCUUCAAUGGAAGACUAUAGAUCUAUCAAUGAUUUAAAAAAAAAAAAAAACACUGACAGUAAUUUAAUCUUUUUUUUUUCAUUAAUAUAUUUGUAAGCUUAGUUGUAAAUGGUAAUAUUUACAGACAUAAUUCUGGGUCUGCAUUUCAUUGGCUCUAUUGCUUGAUGUCAUAGUCUGCUUUUUGAAUAUUCCCUGGUACUAUGUACCUAUUUUAGUUUUACAUAUUGCAAUGCAGAACUGUAAAGAUGUAAAGUUUCCUUUGUUUUUUUUACAGAUUGUGUUCAUUUUCCCUCCAUAUGAUCGCGUAAAACGCACCUUAACAAAAUGUAUUAAUAUACUGUGUUAAUAAACUGUAUAUUUAUACCGUGUGUAUAGAGUACAGCAAUAAAGAUUUUCCCAUUA